GUUUGUUCUGUGACUCAGUCACGUCACUCAGAUUCACUAUAAAAACCUGACAGAGACCAGAGCUGCAUCAGAUCAUGGACAUGAUGAAGCUGUCAGUUUUCGUGCUGCUGGCUCUGCUGGCUCUGCUGGCUCUGUCCUCAGCUAACCCUCUGGACGUCAGGAGCAACACUGAGCAGAGAAAUGGGCUAUCUGGGAGUCAUAAAACAACCCUGAAUGGAUCGAUGGGAACGGAUCAACCAUCUGUGAAUGUUGCCAAGUUUAGGCAGAAGAGGCAGGUUCAGUCGUCCCCCAAUGUACCAGUUCAAGGCACUAUCCUGGAGUGGGUGCCCUGGAACAACUCUCUUCCUAAUGGCGCAGUUUCAAUCUACAAUGAUUAUGUUGGUCGCACUGAAUAUGUCUGCAAAUACAAGUGUCAUGCUGGUUUUUAUAACCCCAAUAAUAAUGUUCCUUAUUGCUAUUAUCCCAACCAAAAAAAAGAACAUGCUGGUUCCCCUUUUGCCCUCCUGGUGAACAGAGACAACUUUGAGAUCCUGGAGUGGAAGGAUGACUCCAAGGGUUCAGUGCCCAAGAAUUCAGUCAGGACCUGUCCUGAUGAGGACAUAUAUGUGGGGAAGAACAAAUAUGGUCUUGGAAAGGUUGUUACUGAGGACAAGGCCUUCUACCUGCCUUGGAAGGGUUCUGAAUAUAGGUACAGCGACAACCAGGUCCUGACCUUUAAUGAGAAAGUCCUCAGCCAGCGGGUUGACAAUGUCAGGUACAUCACUGAUGAGUAUAAAAUCUUUAACUUCCCUCCUGAGACCCUGUACAAAACAACCCUCAGCAACUACGAAUGUCACCCAGUGGUGAAAACAGACACUAUCUCCAAGACGUAUCAGGUGACUCAAAGGUGGGAUGUUGAUGUUUCUGCUAGAAUUGAUUUCAAAACGGACUUUAAAGCCAAGGUUCCCGUUAUCGUCUCCGUUGGUGUUGAGCUCGGUGCUGAGUUGUUUUUCCAGUACAGCAAAGGAAACACUGUGACUGAUACCAUCACUGAUACCAUUUCUAUGGACAUCACAGCUCCACCAAACCACUCCUGUGCCAUUAGCAUGAUGCGCUACAAGUACAAGCUCACCAUCCCGUUCACUGCACGUCUCAGCCGCACCUACGGGAGCGGGGAGGUCCACACGACGUCCAUGACCGGGACGUACAGCAGCGUGAAGGUCGGAGAGGUCCGGGCUGUGGUGGACAGAUGUGAGGGUCUGCCUGAUGCCAAGACGUGCACAUGA